AUGGGGCCCGCCCUUCUCUACUGUCCUUUGAUGGUGGAAUCCAGCCCGCGACAACAAUGGGCAAAUCUCGCCGGUGGGCCGCUUUGGGCGUCGGGCAUGGCGAUCCCGGCGAGAAUUCCCCAGUGUCAGGAGGUCAGGGCAAUUCCCCCCACAAGUUCCCUCAACACACCUGCACACUGGCUGCACACUUUCACACCAAUCCUCGCCUUUUCCCCGCAAAAUUCUUCCCCCAGAGCUGCUUCGUCGAGCCUCCCCCCAAGGCCCGAUGUCCAGGCUUCCGUUGCCGACGCCAACCAAACCCCUCCUCCCUCCACCCCACCUUCUCCCCUCCUCCUCCUCCUCCACCACCUCCUCCUCUAUUCCCCGUAG